AUCUUGGUUAAUUAUUUAGUAAAUGAGCGACGAAUUCAAUGAGAUAUUUAAGUAGCGCCCAAAUAAGAUUAUUAAUACUAAAAUAUUAAUACCUAUAAUACACACUAAAAUAAACGUAUAAUAAUAUCAUAAAACAAGUUGUGACGCCCAUGUUUCUGACGCGUGCAGUGAAUCCACAAAUUUCAUCAAAAAGACAUGGUCGCUUGAGAAAAAUAAUGUUUUACUACAAAGUGCUUUAUGUAUUUAGUUUAAUAGCUCCUCUGCAACUUGCAUAUGCGCAAGUUGGAAAUCCGUGCAAAAUUAAAUUCAGUGGAUAUUCCGGUAUUUGCAAAAUAUCUACGGAUUGUCCCAAAGUCGAGGAACAAGCUAAACGUGGCAUAAGCCCCACAAUAUGCGGAUGGUAUGAACUGACAACCCCAAUUGUUUGUUGCGAAGAUAGUAAUUCAUUUAGCUCCCAGCCAAACAGUUUGGACCCCAUAUCAUUUCCUGAACAACCUACUAGACCUGUAAACAAAAAACCGGGCGGAAAUAAGAGAAAAAGCGAAGAGAAAUGUCAAGAAUACAGCCAAUCGAUAACAUCGACCGUACAGGCUAUUCCCUUGCUUACAGAAACAGAACCAAUAAACAUAAACAUAGCAAAAUGCGACUAUAACAGCGUAGCCCUUAUUGUGGGUGGCAAACCCGCUGGAAUAGGCGAAUUUCCUUUUAUGGCCGCGAUUGGUUUUGAAGGCGACAACAAAAUUCUAUGGAACUGUGGAGGAACUCUGAUAAGUGAUAAAUUCGUACUGACCGCGGCCCACUGCACCUUUUCUAGGGACUACGGAGAUCCAAAAGUGGUCCGUUUGGGCGACUUAGACUUGACCCGUACAGACGAAGGAUCAGAUCACGUUGACUACGACAUUUCCCGCAUAAUAUCACAUCCCAAGUAUGUCCCAAAUGUAAAUUAUUACGACAUCGGUCUUCUUGAAUUAAACAGGAAAGUAAAAAUAACGCAGUUCAUACGACCAGCGUGUCUUCAUAGUAAAAGAAGAAUUGACGAGAGAAUCGCAGUGGCUACAGGUUACGGGGCUACAGAUUAUACUGCAGAAAAUGCUAAUAAGUUAAUGAAAGUGUCGUUGAAUAUUUAUGAUAACAAUCUAUGUGCUAGGGCUUUUAAUACGGAGAAAAAACUGCCUAGGGGUAUUACAGAGAACAUGUUAUGCGCUGGGGAACUGGAAGGGAACAAGGACACUUGCCAGGGUGAUUCCGGAGGUCCUUUGCUGGUGACCCAAAAGGACAACCAGUGCAAAUUUUUCGUGGUGGGUAUAACGUCGUUUGGAAGACUUUGCGUGUUGGUUCAAAAAAUCGCUUAUGGGCAAGUGGGUGAAAACUGCCUAAUACAUUUGAGUGGAGGUAUACAUGGUACUUGCAAAUACGCGGCCGAUUGUCCCAAGGCUGUGGAACAAGCAAAGCACGGUAUAAGACCUCAUAACUGCGGAUUUGACGAUCUCACGCCUAUUAUUUGCUGCGAAGAUGAUGACUCGUUUUUCUCAAAACCGCGCAGUUUAAACGAGCCCGAGAAACGUAUAUGCGAGGAGAAAUGUCAUGAAUAUAGUAAAUCAGUAACAAAAACCAUAAAAGGAUUGUCUUUACUACCGAACGCUGAAAACUCAAAUAUUGAGGGUUCGAAAUGUGAUUUUAAUAAAAUACCGUUUAUAAUUGGAGGAGAACCGGCUGAAGAGGGGGAAUUCCCUUUUAUAGCGGCCCUGGGCUACAAAAUAGAAGACAAAAUAGAAUGGUUAUGUGGCGGAAGUCUAAUAAGCGAAAAAUUUAUAUUGACUGUAGCGCAUUGCAUAUACUCGUCCAAUGGUAUUCCCAAGCUAGCGCGUUUGGGUUAUACCAACCUUAAAAAUCCAAACCCGAAUAUACACCAUGCAGAAAUAAAAAUACUUCGAACGAUAGAACAUCAAAAAUACGACCCCAAGUUUAACUAUAACGAUAUUGCUUUAUUGGAGCUAGAAACACCUAUAGAAUUUUCCAAAUAUAUCAGACCAGCUUGUCUGCAGCCAAUAAGAGAGUUCAACGAGUCUUUAGCCACGGCUAUAGGUUAUGGCAUAAAUAAUUUUUUUGAAGAAACCAAAUCAGACGACCUACUCAAAGUUGGAUUACACGUUUAUAAUAAUUCUGUGUGUGAUAAUGUUUUUAAAUCCGAUAAACAUGUGCCUAAUGGACUCACUUCUUUCGGAAAAUACUGCGGAUUCAACAAACCCGCCAUCUAUACAAGAGUGUCGGAAUAUUUGGACUGGAUUGAGGAUAUUAUAUGGAAAUAA